UAAAAGUGAUUAACAAAGAUAAUUGUUUAUAAAAAUUUAUUUAUUUUUUUAAAUUACAUUCUUUGUUAUAAAUUUUCAAACGAAUUUAAUUAAUAUGUAAUACUAAAAAUGAAAGAUGCAAAUGAUAAUAUUUUAUAACCAAACUUGCGUUAAAUGUCAGUCAUAAGAAACAGUAACAAAACAAGUAUCACUUUUAAAGAAAUUCGUUCAUAUAUAACUUAAAGGCAUAGAAAGCAUAUACAUAUACGGAAUAAAAUGUUAGAAAAUCCGGAAAUAAUCGGUGAAAGAGGAGAAGAAGAGGUAAAUCCUUUAGGAUUAUAUGAAGGUGAACGAAAUGAAAAAGGGGACAGACACGGCCGUGGCAAAGCUUUGCUUCCAAAUGGCGAUAUGUAUGUCGGUCAAUAUUGCAAAGGAUUGAGACACGCUCGAGGCUUGUACGUGUUUAAAAACGGCGCUCGAUACGAUGGCGAAUGGCGGCAAGGUGUAAAAUACGGCCAAGGAACAUUUUGGUAUCCUGAUGGAACGCGAUACGAGGGCGAAUGGAAACGCGAUACGAAAUAUGGUUUUGGCGUGUAUUACUACAUAAAUGGGGAUGUUUACGAAGGAUCUUGGAAGAAGAACCUUCGACACGGUAUGGGAUCUUAUCUUUACGCCAGCACGAAUACAAAAUUUAUGGGUACGUGGAUUAAGGAUCGCAUGCAAGGUCCUGGACAGUUAAUUCAUCCCCGACACCGAUUCCACGGAUUUUGGGAACUCAAUUUGCCUUAUGGGCGAGGAUGCUUUACUUUCGAAAAUGCUUGCAUGCAGCAUGGACACUAUGUGCACGUGAAAGAUCCUGAUUACGACGAAACAAAGGAACUUGCCGAGGCUCAAUGGAGGUCGAAAGGUUUUAAAAGGACGGAGGAGAGGGCAAAGGAAUAA